GAAGGGAGGAAAGAGUAACUGAGUCUCAGGUUCAGCUGUUUGACCUUCGUCUUGAAAGAAUUGUCUGGCUACAGGAAGAGCUACAAGGUAAUGGCUUUUCCAGGGGACUUGCCACAAUACACCCCCAGGGUCAGCAACGAUCCCUCAGGAAACUUGCUCUCAGGUCUGGGGCUCUCAACGCUUGGAACAGAUAAAAAGGUAUCCACAGGAUCCAAUAUGUAUUUUAAUCAGGAGGCUGGCUACAGGAAGAGCUAUAAGGUAAUGGCUUUUCCAGGGGACUUGCCACAAUACACCCCCAGGGUCAGCAACGAUCCCUCAGGAAACUUGCUCUCAGGUCUGGGGCUCUCAACGCUUGGAACAGAUAAAAAGGUAUCCACAGGAUCCAAUAUGUAUUUUAAUCAGGAGGCUGGCUACAGGAAGAGCUAUAAGGUAAUGGCUUUUCCAGGGGACUUGCCACAAUACGCCCCCUGGGUCAGCAGCGAUCCCUCAGGAAACUUGCUCUCAGAUAUGGGGCUCUCAACGCAUGGAAGAAAAGAAAAGGUAUCCACAGGAUCAAAUAUGGAUUUGAAUCAGGAGGCUGGCUACUGGAGGAGGAAUCAGGCAAAGGCUUUUCAGGGGGACUUGCCACAAUACACCCCUGUGGUCAGGAGCAAUCCCUCAGGAAACUUGCCAUCACAUCUGGGGCUCUCAAAGCCUAGAAGAGAAGAAAAGGUAUCUGUCUUCUCCAGGACAGAGAAAAUGUUGGAACCUAUUUGUCUAAUUGAGAACAUGACAAAUAAUGAGCUCAAAGUCAAUCAGGAAGCAGUAGACAUUUUAAGCUCCUUCCAUAAGCCUGUAGUUGUGGUGUCUAUUGUGGGCAUGUACCGCACUGGCAAGUCCUACCUGAUGAAUCGAUUGGCUGGGAAGCAUAAAGGAUUUGCUCUGGGCUCCACUAUCCAGUCUAAGACAAAGGGUAUCUGGAUGUGGUGUGUUUCUGUUCCUGGUAGAGAAGAACAAACACUGGUCUUGCUGGACACUGAAGGAUUGGGAGAUGUGGAGAAGGGGGACGAGACGAAUGACCACUGGAUUUUUUCCCUGGCUGUGUUGCUAAGCAGUACUUUCAUUUACAACAGCACUGGUACCAUCACCAAUACUGCUGUGAUGAAUCUACAAUAUGUGACUGAGCUGACAAAACACAUCAAGGUCAAGUCCAGUGAUGAGGAUGAAGCUGAUGCUUCAGCUAAGUUUGUCCGCUUCUUCCCCUCCUUUAUCUGGGCAGUAAGAGAUUUUACCCUGGACCUUGAGGCUGAUGAGAAACCCAUAACAGCUGAUGAAUAUUUGGAGAACUCCCUCAAGCUGAAGCCUGGCUGCCAUAUAAAUGUUACCUCCAGCAACAGUGCCCGAGAAUGUAUUCGGAAGUACUUUCCCCGUCGAAAGUGCUUCGUCUUCGAUACGCCUGUCCACAAGGAAAAGCUUAAGAUUAUUGAUCAGCUGAGUGAUUCUGACCUGGAAGAAAAGUUUGUUAAGCAAGCUACAGAGUUCUGCAGUUAUGUGCUUGAAAAUUCCCAGGUGAAAACCAUGAAAGGAGGAAUUAUAGUCACCGGGAGAUUGCUGGCUAAGCUGGUGAUGAUGUAUGUGGAUACCAUUAAAAGCGGGAAAGUUCCUUGUCUGGAGAAUACGGUGGUAACUCUAGCUCAGAUGGAAAACUCAAAAGCAGUUGAGGAGGCACACAGCCUCUACAAGCGGCUGCUGAGCGAGAGGGUAGUGUUACACACCGAGACACAGGAGGAGCUUUCCAAUGUCCAUGAAAUCUGCCUGAAGGAGGCACUGCAGCUCUUUGUUGAUCGCUCAUUCAAAGAUGAUGAUCGCUGUUUCCAAACACAACUCAUGGAUCUUGUAAGAAAUGAAUAUGAUAGGAAGUGUCAGGAGAACGAGGAGCUCUCCCUGAAACACUGCAUUGAUCUGCUGAUGCAACUAGGGGCUUCUUUGAAGCCAGAUUAUUACCUGACAUCAGGUGGUUAUCAGUACUUCCAGGAAGACCUGGAAAAUGUAAUUUUCCAGUACAGAAACACAAAAGGCAGAGGCAUCAAGGCAGAACAGGCUUUGAAAGAAUACCUGGCUAAAAGCAAUGAACUGGGCAGAACGAUACUGGUGGCAGACAGAAGUCUCUCUGAACAACAAAAGCGUAUAGAAGAGCAACAAGCCCAUGCUAAGAUGCUGGAGGUGAAAGCAAAGGCUGCAGAAGUGGAGAAGGUGGCUAUGGAGAGGAGAAUUGAGGAUGUGAAGAGAGCACAAGAAGAAAUGAACAGAAAACUGAUGAAAAAAAUGAAGAAGGAACGCAGAGAUAUGCAGUAUGAACAUGAACGAGUUCUUCAGCAAAAGCUUGGGGAGCAGAAUGCCAUGUUGCAGCGGGGCUUUGACAGAUAUGAGAGAAAAAUGCAAAGAAAGAUUGACCAGCUGCGACAUGUGAGCCAAGCGCAAAGCCAAGAUUGGGGGGGGUGUGCUAUCUCCUAAUGCAAGGUUGUAUAAAAUAAAUAGAUGAAAAAAGGCCAAGUAAUGAAGCUUUCAAGGUUAAUUUUUCAAAGAAUGAUUAUCAAGAACAGAUUAUAGAAUAGAAUUUCUGAACUUGAAACUAUCUUUAUUUCAGUUGAAGUAUAUCAGCAUAGUGUAAUACCCGUAAUUCAUAAAAUUUAUAAAUUAAUUAAUUGAAUUAAUGAAUUACAGAGAAAGAUAAUUGCCAAUGAAAAAGAAACUGAUCAUUGACGUAGAAAUGACUGCCCUUGAGUAAAAAUAAUAUGCAAUGUAAGUAUAUGGGCAG